GACUUCUGUGUAGGGUUUUUGUCAUCGCGGGGUUGAACAGAUCCAGAUAAAUACCUUUCUUUCCCAAAUGCCGCUUCUAUCCAUUUAUAACAAUUACAUUUUGCGUCCAAUAAAGCAGAAACUAUAGGAAAUAACAAGAUAGUAUGCCUAUCCAACGUCUGUCCGAACCACCAACUGACGGCAGUUCCUACGUCAUCCCUCAGCUCGAGGGAGAGCGCAUCUCGAUUCCCGGCAGCAAGAGCAUGUUCCGCAUCCUUGCAUCUGCUAUUCAGACAGAAGGUGCACUGUCUGUAUUUUCUUCCGGAUCCGCACUUGCUGAUGCUCCGGGUUUUCAUCACCAUAACGAGGCGCACGACGUCUUUCUUGUCACCAAGGGUUUUCUUAAGAUCUGGAUCGGAGACAAGUGCAAGAUCCUGGGCCCUGGCGACUUUGCGUCCGUUCCUCCUGGUGUGGUCCACAACCCCCACUGGCUAGGACCUCACACUGAAACCUACGGACUCGUCAGUCCCGGCGAGUGGCUCGACUUCUUCCGCUACAUCAGCGAGCCCAGUAACAGCAUUCUCCUGCCCGAGUUUGACGACCGCCACAUUCUCGAGAUUCUGAUCCCAAAAGUCAUGGCUGCAAAGGGAAAGUACGAUGUUGUCUUCCACCCUACUCAUGUGGGUUGCGAAGUCUCCGAGCUCGAUGAUAGCGACAAGGUGCUCCCUGAUGGACUUGAGCCCUAUUAUCUCGUUGCAAACACCGGGCCACGUUGGAUCCUAGGCGGUGUACUUUCGAGACCGUUCAUCACCACCAAGCAGAGCUCAGGAAAGUUUGCUAUUUCCAGUAUCGAGUCCAGCUCAGAGCUCAAGCCCACGCUUCCAACAAUGCAGUUUCCCAAAGUCCAUCACUGUUUCUGCGUCUUCGAAGGUGUCUUGGAGGCCACUGUAGGCGACAACGAGCCCUGUCUUGUUCGCGAGGGUGAGACUCUCUUCGUCACUGCAAACACUCCUUUUACUUUCAAGUUUGCUAGCAGAUUUGUUCGUCUUUGGAGUUUUACCACCGGUGAUGGCAUUGAAGCUGUCAUUCAUAAGGCUGGGGUUCCUUUCAAGGGCAUUGUCUUGCCCGAUACCGCAGAAUCUUUUGAUGGCAAGAAAUUUGAAGCUGCCUGCUCUGAACUAGGUGUUGAGCUGCUUUAGAUUACUUACUAUAUGUCUCUUGAAUAAACUCCUAUGAUUAUAUAAAUUCAU